UUCACAUAUUAUGUGUCCUAGCACUUGUGCAGGUAGAGAUUCAGCUGCUCUUUCAAUCGAAGUUUGAGAAGUUUCAUCUCAAGCCCCAAACAAAACAACUCCGCUGGAGUUUCGGUGAACAUCGGGGAUUCUACUCUUCGCAUUACAUUUUUUUUCUAAACUGUGAGCUCUUCGCAUUAAAUUUUUUUUCUUCUGUGAGCGCAGGACUUGUGAUCAUGAAGCUGGAGGUUUUUCGCGGCGUGCAUCACCACGCGAAACCACCGGAGACGUGCAGCGACGCUGAGACCAGCGUGCCGUCUCCCCUGUCCGGGGAAGACGAACUGGGAUCAGAUGGUGACUGCGCAGCGCACAGCCCGUGCGCACCUGUCGCGUCUUCCGCCUCCAUGUCCUCUGCAGCAGCGCGCAUCGAGGGCAAGGACAAGGGCAAGCCGUACACGCGCAGACCAAAGCCUCCGUACUCGUACAUCGCCCUGAUCGCCAUGGCCAUCCGCGACUCCAGCUCGGGCCGCCUGACGCUCGCCGAGAUUAACGACUACCUCAUGCGCAAGUUCCCGUUCUUCCGCGGCACCUACACGGGCUGGCGCAACUCGGUGCGCCACAACCUGUCGCUGAACGACUGCUUCCUGAAGGUGCUCCGCGACCCCUCGCGCCCCUGGGGCAAAGAUAACUACUGGAUGCUGAACCCGCACAGCGAGUACACGUUUGCUGACGGCGUGUUCCGGCGACGCAGGAAGCGAAUCGGCAAGAAAUCGGGCCGGGAGCAGGACGAGAGCGCAAGCCAAGCCUCCGCGGAUUCUAUAAACGCGCCUUCUGCGACAACCAAGUUCACAAGCCCGUUCGCCAUCGACAGCAUCCUCAGCCGGCCUUUCCGCAAAAGGGAGCAGCCGGAGCACUGCGCGCCAGAGGACAUUGCUGCGACCACUUGGCAUGGGGGCGCCCCCGCACCGGCGCCCUACGUCACGCGCGGUGCGCCGCUUCACGCGCUGGUGGAUGCGAGCGCCGCGGUGAACACGCUUCGCGCCUACGGCAUGAUGGGCGUCACGUUUGAGGACUUGGCCGCCGGGAUCCGGCAUGACAGAGACUUUCUCAGCGUACCUCUGAGCUCAGAGCGCCUUCCGGUCCCGAGAAUUACACCAACCACCGCACACGCGUCCACUAAACCCGGAGCCUUUCACCCGUUUCAAAUAGACUACUUAUUGUCCUAAUGGCGCGCAGGACAAUGUUAUAUGAGGCACUUUAUUCGUACUGAACUUUCAGAAUACAUUUCAUUAAGAAGUUGCCACCAGUGGACUUGGGAACUUUGUUAUAAAAUGGAAUACAUGCACAAAAACAGGAGAUGAUUUCUGCCCUGUCAGAAAAUACUGUUGUAUAAUAAUGCUGUAUCAUGUAUUUAUAAUGUGCUGAUGGUCAUUUUCCCCCUUGUGUGUUUUGCUUGUUCAGAAUGUUGCUGCAUUUGGGAAUUUGCAUCAACUGAAAUAUCACUUUGCUUACUCUGUCGUUUCUGAAAGCAGUGGCACUGACAGCAAUGUUGUUGUUCUUGCUGCGGCUGUUGUUGUUUUAAUAAAAAGGUCAACUAAACGGUA